UUAGAUCGUAAACAACCAUGGAUCCGCAGAGAACAUCCCUUUAGUUGACAGAUUCUAAAAAUCACUACCCACGGUGACACUCACGAUUAUAGCAUCAUGUGCAUUUACAACAUCGCGUUCAGAAUGGAAGGGAUUGAGUUGUAUGACCGUUGAUGACCGUUCCGAUGAUUUUCACCCACAUAUCUGCUCUCUACCGCGGGACAUUAUACUGCAUGUGGUGUUGAAGAGGAGAGGAAUAAGCUCCUUGGUGAGCUGGUCAAGGGUUUUCGAGGAUCAGGGAGAGCCCCAAACAACCCCAACAAGAAGACCAGAAUUCAAAGAGAUGAAAUAAUAGACCUUAUCCACUCACUGAUGAUACAACCGUCUACUCAUAUUUUCCAAACUGCAACAACAACAACAACAACAACAACAAACUGGUAAACCUAGAACAUUGGAUCCCACAUUUUAUUAAGCUGACCUAAAGCUUUUGGAGUUUUCUGUGACCCAUAGAGUAAUCCUGAACCAAAUCAAUAUCUCUAGCCAGAAUCCAAUACUAGUAAGUGGCAACCCUAAGGCAGCCAGCCGCAUCCCUCCCACUGUUUGGGAACCACUGAGUUGGAGGAGAACAACAGCGUGAAGGAGAGGAUGGGUAACAAGAGCAGCAGCCCCUCCAGAGACCCAGACACUGAUACUACUCAGAGAGAGGAGAGAACCAACACUGGAACUGCCUCAGGAAGUGGUCACCCAGGCCCCAGCCCUGACCUGCUUGCCUCACUACAGUCAUUGGGAGAACACAAUGACCACACACUGCUGCCACAGUCUCUACACCAGAUAGCAGAGGCCUACUCCCUGGAUGAGGACUACCAGUGGGCGGUGCAGUUCCUGCAGCUGGAGAAACUGUACCAUGAGCGCCUCCUGUCCAAUCUUGCUGCCCUGCAGGAGGACUGGGAGAGCCAGUGGAGAGAGCGUAACAGAGUAGCAGUGAGCACCUCCCCAGCUGAGACCAACAGCACUGGACAGGAACACAUAGAAAUGCUGAGCCAGAUCUGCAGGACGCACCAGAGACCAAUGCUUAGUGCGAAAAUGAGCAUGGCAGACACGGUGCUGAAAGACAGCCACAACACCAGGGGGCAGUGUGAUGGGAGAGAGAAAGAAAGGUCACCAUCCCAUCAUGGAAAAGUCAGAGUCAACAACCCUGUAAGACAGAGUGAGGAGGAUGUUAAGGAGACCACGUCAACAGGAGCUUUCCCUGACAUGGCUGAGGAGGAGGGAGGAGAGGAGGGAGAGCGAGGAAAGGAAGAGUUGGAGGAGGAAGAGCAGGGGGUGGAUGAAGAGGAGGUGUUUGAGGAGAGUCCAGAAGAGGAGGUGCAGGUGGUGGAGUGGCCAUCGGGGGUUCCCCAAGCCUCAGCCGAAGACCUGGACAAACUGUCUCAAGUGGAGGAGAGCUCCUCAGCAGAUGGCCUGGUGUCCAUUCUAAAGAGGAGCAGGGCAUCGUUAGAUGGCCUGCCCCCUGAGGGUCCCGAUGCAGCCAAACACAACUCCAAACGAAAGGUGCACUUCAGCCAGCCAGAGGACGGCAUGGAACCAGACGAGGUGGGCGGAGACUCGUGUUUGAUCCUGCUGUUGUUGUGCCUGGUAACCGUGGUGAUCAGUCUGGGCGGGACGGCUCUGUACUGCACCCUAGCGGACACAUACAGUAGCAUCUGCAUUGAUUUCUCUCACAACAUAGACUUUUACGUUGUGCACGUACAACGCUUCCUGGAUAGGUUCAGCCACUGGAUGCCCAUACGAUCAUAGUCAGGACUACUACUGCAGUCAGGACAUACAGUCACUUACUGCUGCAGUCAGGACAUACAGUCACUUACUGCUGUAGUCAGGACAUACAGUCAGGACAUACAGUCACUUACUGCUGCAGUCAGGACAUACAGUCACUUACUGCUGCAGUCAGGACAUACAGUCAGGACAUACAGUCACUUAUUGCUGCAGUCAGGACAUACAGUCACUUACCUACUGCUGCAGACGAUGUAGACUCAGUAGCCCACUGUAGCAGUCUAUGGACUAAACAUACAGAAGAACCUACCUACUGUAGCAGUCUAUGGACUAAACAUACAGAAGAACCUACCUACUGUAGCAGUCUAUGGACUAAACAUACAGAAGAACCUACCUACUGUAGCAGUCUAUGGACUAAACAUACAGAAGAACCUACCUACUGUAGCAGUCUAUGGACUAAACAUACAGAAGAACCUACCUACUGUAGCAGUCUAUGGACUCAACAUACAGAAGAACCUACCUACUGUAGCAGUCAAGGUCAUAAGGUCAUUGUUGUUCUGUGGAAGGGCCUGAAAUAAAGACUGAAUGGGCUUAUGAUCAGUGACCCAACAGGAGACGUUUUUCAGAUGCAGUCCAAACUGUUUCCAGAACACUGCCUCCCAUCUUGUUUUUAACCUCUUGUUUUUAACUUGUGUACGCUGCACAAAAGAGCUCCCAAAACCACAGAGGAACAAAGCAUAGCAUUGUAAAGUACAGGUAACUGCCAAAAUAAAGGAAACACCAACAUAAAGUAUCUUAAUAGGGAGUUGGGUCACCACGAGCCGCCAGAACAGCUUCAAUACAGCUCGGCAUAGAUUCUACCAGUGUCUGGAACUCUGUUGGAGGAAUGCAACACCAUUCUUCCACAAGACAUUGUUUGUUGUUUUGUUGAUGGUGGUGGAAAAUACUCCAGAAUCUCCCAUAAGUGUUCAAUUUGGUUGAGAUCUGGAGACAGACAGACAGACAGACAGACAGACACAGACAGACAGACAGACACAGACAGACAGACAGACAGACAGCACGAUGGGAUGAUAAUUGCUUAAUUAAUUCAGGAACCACACUGUGUGGAAGCACUUAGAUCCCUAAAUAGUGGGCAACGGCAUUUUUAUACAUGACCCUAAGCAUGAUGGGAAGUUAACUGCUUAAUUAACUCAGGAACCAGACCCGUGUGGAAGCACCUGCUGUCAAUAUCCUUUGUAUCCCUCAUUUACUCAUGUGUUUCCUUUAUCUUGGUAGUUACCUGUAUAUUCCAGUUCAAAUGUUUCAUUAGAAAAUAUGUUUAUCUGAAGAACAGAUACAAUUCGAUAAACAGUAAAUAUGUUUAUCUGGAUUUGAGAGCCUCAUAGUAAAACUUGGGGUACAGUAUGCUAUUAAAAAACAAAGACUUGUUGGGGAUUGAAAGGACACUUCCUCCUCGACUUGUUGCCCCGAGUCCUUGACUUGUCUCCUUGACUCCUUGACUUGUCAAAUGUAGCCUACGUGUUGUACAUUUUCCAGAUGUUUUUGUACGUGGAGACUUGGGUUUGGAAUUACUCCUACAUUCCCCUGAAGGAACUCAUGGUUGUUGACCACUGCAAAUGAAAGUCCACAUUUGUGAAGAACGGCUCUCUGGAAUUGGCAAAUUGUGAAGUAAUUUGCUGAUAACCGAGUAACGAUAUCAAUACAAAUAUGCAUGAUAGAUACCGUAUGUAUGGCUCUUGGUAUGACAAUAUGAACUAAGGUCAAUGUUCAUACAGUAAUGCAUUUUAAUGUAGUCAUGACAUUCAGUACUGUACGGAUUACUCAACAUCUCAGGCACUUUUGUCUAGUUGUGCUGCUCAUGUAUCCGUACAUCCCUUAAUGUCAUUUGUUUGUAUUUUAUUCUAUGAGUAUAUCUUAACGUAUUCAAUACAAAUCCAUUCCCUUU